GCGCGGCUGCUGCCGGCGAAGGAACGGCGCGGCGGCGGGCACCAGAGGCCGAGCGCGGAGGCUCCCGAAGCGCACCCAGCGGCUUGGCGAGGCGGCCCGCGGCCCGGCGGACACCUGGAGGCGAGAACGGGCGCCGGCAGUAGGCGGCGGUGGCAGCUCGUAGGCGGCAGCGGCGAGGAUGCUGACUGGGAGGCUGUGCUGGGUGUCGCUCCUGCUGGUUCUGGGCGUAGGGAGCGGCAGCGGCGGCGGGGGCAGCCGGCAGCGCCGUCUUCUCGCGGCUAAAGUGAACAAACACAAGCCAUGGAUUGAGACUUCGUACCAUGGAGUCAUAACAGAGAACAAUGACACAGUCAUUUUGGACCCACCACUGGUCGCCCUGGAUAAAGAUGCACCAGUUCCUUUUGCAGGAGAAAUUUGUGCAUUCAAGAUCCACGGCCAGGAGCUGCCCUUCGAGGCCGUGGUGCUCAACAAGACGUCGGGAGAGGGCCGGCUCCGCGCCAAGAGCCCCAUCGACUGUGAGCUGCAGAAGGAGUACACCUUCAUCAUCCAGGCCUAUGACUGUGGCGCAGGACCCCAGGUGACCGCCUGGAAGAAGUCCCACAAGGCCGUGGUCCAUAUCCAGGUGAAGGACGUCAAUGAAUUUGCUCCCACCUUCAAAGAGCCAGCCUACAAGGCCGUGGUGACAGAGGGCAAGAUCUACGAUAGCAUCCUGCAGGUGGAGGCUGUCGACGAGGACUGCUCCCCCCAGUACAGCCAGAUUUGCAACUAUGAAAUCGUCACAACAGAUGUGCCUUUCGCCAUUGACAGAAAUGGCAACAUCAGGAACACAGAGAAGCUGAGCUAUGACAAGCAACACCAGUAUGAGAUCCUGGUGACCGCCUACGACUGUGGACAGAAGCCUGCAGCUCAGGACACCCUGGUGCAGGUGGAUGUGAAGCCAGUUUGCAAGCCUGGCUGGCAAGACUGGACCAAGAGGAUCGAGUACCAGCCUGGCUCGGGGAGCGUGCCCCUGUUCCCCAGCAUCCACCUGGAGACGUGCGAUGGGGCUGUGUCCUCCAUCCAGAUCACCACAGAGCUGCAGACCAACUACAUCGGGAAGGGCUGUGACCGUGAGACCUACUCUGAGAAAUCCCUGCAGAAAUUAUGUGGAGCUUCCUCUGGAAUCAUUGACCUCUUGCCAUCCCCCAGUACCACCACCAACUGGACUGCAGGACUGCUGGUGGAUAGCAGCGAGAUGAUCUUCAAAUUUGACGGCAGGCAGGGUGCCAAGAUCCCUGACGGGGUUGUGCCCAAGAACCUGACAGACCAGUUCACCAUCACCAUGUGGAUGAAGCACGGCCCCAGCCCUGGCGUGAGAGCUGAGAAGGAAACCAUCCUCUGCAACUCAGAUAAAACUGAAAUGAACCGGCAUCACUACGCCCUGUACGUGCACAACUGCCGGCUCGUCUUCCUCUUGCGCAAAGAUUUCGACCAGGCAGAUACCUUCCGCCCUGCGGAGUUCCAUUGGAAGCUGGACCAGAUUUGUGACAAAGAAUGGCAUUACUAUGUCAUCAAUGUGGAGUUUCCUGUGGUUACCCUAUACAUGGAUGGAGCAACGUAUGAACCAUACCUGGUGACCAACGAUUGGCCCAUUCAUCCAUCUCAUAUAGCCAUGCAACUUACAGUCGGCGCUUGUUGGCAAGGAGGAGAAGUCACCAAACCACGCUUUGCUCAAUUCUUCCACGGCAGCCUGGCCAGCCUCACCAUCCGCCCGGGCAGAAUGGACAGUCAGAAGGUGAUUUCCUGCCUGCAGGCCUGCAAGGAGGGGCUGGAUAUCAAUUCCCUGGAGAGUCUGGGCCAAGGAAUAAAGUAUCAUUUCAACCCCUCGCAGUCCGUCUUGGUGAUGGAAGGUGAUGACAUUGGAAACAUCAACCGUGCCCUCCAGAAGGUCUCCUACAUCAACUCCAGGCAGUUCCCAACCGCGGGUGUGCGGCGCUUAAAAGUCUCUUCCAAAGUCCAGUGCUUUGGAGAAGACGUGUGCAUCAGUAUCCCCGAUGUGGAUGCCUACGUGAUGGUGUUGCAGGCCAUCGAACCCCAGAUCACCCUCCGUGGCACCGACCGCUUCUGGAGACCCGCCGCCCAGUUUGAAAGCACCCGAGGCGUCAUUCUCUUCCCUGACAUCAAGAUUGUGAGCACCUUCACUAAAGCCGAGGCCGCUGGUGACUUGAAGACCACAGCCCCCAAAUCAGCAGUUUUAGAAGAAAUGCUUCACAACUUAGAUUUCUGUGACAUCUUAGUGCUGGGAGGGGACUUGGACCCAAGACAGGAGUGCCUGGAGCUCAACCACAGUGAGCUCCACCAGCGACACCUGGACGCCACCAACUCCACGGCUGGCUACUCCAUCUACGGUGUGGGCUCCAUGAGCCGCUACGAGCAGGUGCUGCAUCACGUCCGCUACCGCAACUGGCAGCCGGCUGCCCUGGAGGCACGGCGAUUCAGGAUCAAGUGCUCGGAGCUCAAUGGGCGCUACACCAGCAAUGAGUUCAACUUGGAGGUCAGCGUCCUCCACGAGGUCAGAGUCCCAGACAAGGAGCAUGUCAACCACCUUGUUGUGCAGCCUCCCUUCCUCCAGUCGGUCCACCACCCCGAGUCCCAAAGUAGCCUCCAGCGCAGUUCAGUGGUCCCGAGCAUCGCCACAGUGGUCAUCAUCAUCUCCGUGUGCAUGCUAGUGUUUGUCGUGGCCAUGGGCGUGUACCGCGUCCGGAUCGCCCACCAGCACUUCACCCAGGAGGCUGAGGCUGCCAAGGAAGCCGAGAUGGACUGGGACGACUCUGCACUCACUAUCACGGUCAACCCCAUGGAGAAACACGGAGACCCAGGACGUGGGGAAGAUGAGACAGAGGAAGAGGAGGAGGAAGAGGAAGCAGAGGAAGAUGGUAGCUCCAGCAGCAGCGACUCUGAGGGCAGCGAAGAGGAGGAGGAGGAGGAAGGGGCGGGCAGGGGCAGACGUGGGCAGAGUGGAGCCAGGCAAGCCCAGCUGGAGUGGGAUGACUCCACCCUCCCCUAUUAGUGCCCACGUCCGCGCUCACCCACAUGUUCCUUUUAUAAGCCCCACCCCAACGUCUGCCCGAGUCUAUCACAUGUCGCCUCUGAUUUCUAGGACAGGCCUGGGAGGGUCUUUUCCCCAGCAUCCGGGAACCCACUCUCUACGCCUGGGGCACUCCCCAAUAUCCCAGCCCUGGGGCAGUUCCCAGGAGCCCAGCAUCAUCGUCCAUGGGGACUUCAGGGUGGCCUUUGUCCUGGAGCCCCCACUUCUCCUGCCCUGGGCUCACCCAGCAUCCUAUCAGCCCAUCUGUGGGUUCUGCCUUCGCUCUUCCCUGCAAGGGAGAAUGGCGGCCUUUAGGUCCCUCACCUACCUGGGCUCCACAUUCCCAGAGCCCUUAGGUUCCAGCCCACUGUGCAUGGACCUGGCACAGACUGGCAGGUUCUCCUUACCCUACAGGCAGGUGGUCAGGUUUCACAGACCUGAGAUCUCAGUCCUCAGCACUUCAAAGGAACAUCCUGACAAAGCAGAAUUAAGUUUACAGGGAAAGGUUUACCAAGGCUGGGUGCGCGCACACCCACAUGCACGCAUGCUCUCAGCUUGGAGAGCCUUUCCCUUUGUCCUUGUUUUUCCUCUUUGUCCCUUUUGAGGCCACAGAAGCUUAUAUGAAAAGUUGGAAACCAAGGAUAUGUCCUUGGGAGUUCCCAUUGCAGCUCAGCUUGUUAAGAACCCUACAUUGUCUUUGU